CGAACAACGUUAAGACUUUCCACUUCCGGCGGUUGUUUGUGUGGCGGGGUGCAGAUGAGACGAUGAGCUCUGCGGCUGCUUCAAACACUUAAAUGGCAGCUUUAACACGCGUGGACACACUUUGUGGAUCAACAAGAGUCCUCUAGAGUGUCCCACGGGAUCGUCUUCACCGUCUUGUCACCGUACUAUGUUCAAAAAGAUGACUGAAUUUGGUCCAGAUUCCGGGGGGCGAGUUAAGGGAGUCACCAUCGUGAAGCCGAUCGUGUUUGGGAACGUUGCCCGAUACUUUGGGAAGAAGAGAGAGGAGGAUGGACACACGCAUCAGUGGUCCGUGUACGUGAAGCCGUACAGGAACGAGGAUAUGUCCGCUUAUGUGAAGAAAAUCCAGUUUAAGCUCCAUGAGAGCUACGGAAACCCACUGAGAGUGGUGACUAAGCCUCCGUAUGAGAUUACAGAGACGGGCUGGGGGGAGUUUGAGAUCAUCAUCAAGAUCUUCUUCAUUGACCCCAAUGAGAGAUCUGUGACUCUGUAUCACCUGUUGAAGUUAUUCCAGUCAGACUCCAGUGCCAUGCCUAAGAAGACAGUUGUCUCUGAAUUCUACGAUGAAAUGAUCUUCCAGGAUCCCACAGCCAUGAUGCAACAGCUACUGACAACGUCAAGACAACUCACCCUGGGAGCAUACAAGCAUGAGACAGAGUUCGGUGAGCUGGAGCAGAGGACAAAGGAGAAAAUGGAAGCAGCAAAGAAGAGAACCAGCCAGGAGAUCACAGAGCUGAAAGACAAACUAAAAGCCAGCAGAGAGAACAUCAACCACCUGAAGGCAGAGAUCAGGAAACUGGAGGAGGACGGAGACCACAAGGAGCACUGAGACAUGGACAGACAACACACACACACACACACGGAUAUGAUCUUUCAGCAGGACUCUGGCAUUUUUUGUUCCUGACCAGAUAACCGAUUAAAGUUAUUGUUGUGACAUAUUUUUGUGAUUUACAUUUUGUUUUUUGUUUGUCAAUAUCGCAUAGCUCAGAGAAAAACUGUGGAGAAAAAAAAUGUAAAUCCGAACUUUGAGAGUGUUACUAGCUGAAGAAAAUGUUGUAUUCAUGCCUUUCUGAUGAGAUAUUCACACAGUUUGGUGUGAAUAUCUCCUGCUGUGUUUUUUUUUUUUACUGAUCUUAUGCUUUUCUAUAUAAAGUAAACAUGCUCACUGUA